UGCGAUCAAAUACAACGAAGGACCAGAUUUGGUUGAAGAUUUUGCAGAUUUUCCUUCCAAAUCCAAGUUUUACAGAUUUAUUAUUCACCUGUUAAAAGAUAAAAUAAAGUUUUUCAGGAAGUAUUGACUGAGAUGGAGUUGAAAUCAUGUAUAAAGAGAAAAGAUACAGGACCUUGAAGAAAAUAUACCUUUAAAAUUUUGAUCUGUUAAAUUAAAGUGAUUAUACAAGUAAUCAUGAAAAACUUAUUCAAAUCAACAUCCAAUUUUAGUUGAAAAAUAUAAUUCAUAUUGUUGUUAAAUAUUCUUACAAUUAAUAAACAUGAAGGAAAUAUAUAGUUGUGCAAUUUACAUGUGAUGUGAAGACCACAAAUAAAAUGUGACCUUAUAGUAAAAUAAGCUGGACAUUUUCAUCAUUUGACAAUGACAACCAGUAUGAACAGUAUCAUUACAACACAACAGAUAUUUACAGACAGUCAUGCUAAAUCUAUUUUGACAACAAUGAACAAUUUACGGAAGGUUAACAAACUAUGUGAUAUUGUGUUACAAGUUGAUGGAGAAGAAUUUCCAGCUCAUCGAGUUGUACUGGCAGCCUGUAGUGAUUACUUUUGUGCCAUGUUUACAAAUGAAAUGUCUGAGAAGGAUAAAAGUGUAAUAACCUUACAUGAAAUAUCAGCUGAUGUGAUGAGAGUUUUACUAGAUUUUGUUUACACAGAAACUGUGAAUGUCAGUGUAGAAAAUGUCCAGGAAUUACUUCCUGCAGCUUGUCUGCUUCAGCUCACAGGUGUUAAGCAGGCUUGUAGUUCCUUUCUAGAAAAGCAGCUUGAUGCUACAAAUUGUUUAGGUAUUAAAAUAUUUGCUGAGCAGCAUAGUUGUAAUGAGCUCCUUGAGGCUGCAGACAGUUUCUGUUUGAAACACUAUGAAGAAAUCAUUAAAUAUGAUGAAUUUAAAACUUUACCUAUAGACCAAGUAGAAUCCCUGGUCAAGUGUGAUAGCCUGCAGGUGAACACAGAAGAGCCAGUUUAUCAAUCAGUUAUCAAUUGGGUAAAACAUAAAGAAGAAUCUCGUACACAUCUGUUACCACGGUUGUUGCAUCAUGUUCGUCUGCCAAUUUUAACAGCCAAAUUUAUAACAGAUGUUGCUGAUGAAGAAGUGUUAAUUAAAAAGAGUCAUGAAUGUAGAGAUUUACUUGAUGAAGCUAAGAAGUUCCAUUUGCGACCUGACUUGAGGAAUCAGAUGUGUGGCACAAGGACAAAGCAACGUAUAGGUACAGAUGACAUACUUGUUGUAAUGGGAGGAUUUGGAUCUCACCAGAACAUGGUAGAAGCUGUUGAACAGUAUGAUCCUAAAACUGAACAAUGGACUCGCAAACCUAAUUUAUCAAAAAGAAGAAGAUAUGUUGCUGCUGCAUCAUUAAAUGGAAAGGUUUAUAUUAUUGGUGGUUAUGAUGGCCAAUCAAGAUUGAGUUUGGUGGAAUGUUUAGACCUGUCUUCAGAUGAUCCACAGUGGCAGUCUGUUUCAGCUAUGACACAGAGAAGGGGAUUAGCUGGAGUUUGUGUCUACAGAGGAGAGAUAUAUGUAUGUGGUGGAUUUGAUGGGUAUAGUAGACACACCAGUAUGGAAUGUUAUAAUCCUGGGACUGAUCAGUGGAGAACAUUAAGUGGUAUGGCCGUGGGACGUGAAGGGGCAGGACUUGUUGUUGCAGGAGAUAAUAUCUAUUGUGUUGGGGGAUAUGAUGGCAUAAAUCUUCUAGACUCUGCAGAAAAAUAUGAUCCUAACACAGAACAAUGGUGCAAUAUAUCACCUAUGUCUUGUAGACGUUCAGGUGCUGGAGUAUCAGUAUUAAAUGGACAGAUAUUUGUUUGCGGCGGGUAUGAUGGUACAGACCAUUUAUCAAGCGUUGAAUCCUACAGUAUUCACACUCAGCAAUGGUCAUCUCUGCAACCAAUGGUGGUCCCACGAUGUUAUGUUGGUGCUUGUGUACUUAGAGGGAAACUCUUAGUUGUUGCUGGGUAUGAUGGUAAUACAUUAUUGAACACAGUGGAAUGUUAUGAUCCUCUAACAGGAAAAUGGUCAGUAUUAGACCCCUCUAUGAAUACUCACAGAUGUGAUGCCGGAAUAACUGUUGUCAGAAAAGUCUGAAGUCUCCAUAUUGCCAAAGAAACUAACAGUUUUUGUUUUCAGAGAUUGAUAGUAUUUGUUAUUGUAUAGUCUUAGACUUAAAAGUACAGCAGAAUUGUUUUCCUAUUCAAAAUUUAUAUAUUGCAUGCAUAUGUAUGAAAUCAUUAUUGACAGAUGUAGAGUCUGAGGGACCACUAUCUUUACAUUGUAGGAGUGCCACAUCUUUUAAUCCUCUUUUAGCUUGGCUUAUAUGUCACAAAGUUAUUAUGUCUUUGUAUUAAAAAGUAAAAUAACAAAAUUAACGAACAUCAAGGAAAAUUCAAAUCAGAAAGUCCCUUAUUAAAUGGCAAAAUCAAAAGCUCAAAUACAUCAAACAAAUGGAAAACAACUGUCAUAUUCCUGACUUGGUACAGGCAUUUCCUUAUGUAGAAAAUGGUGGAUUAAACCUGGUUUUAUAGCUAGCUAAACCUCUCACUUGUAUGACAGUCGCAUAAAAUUCGGUUAUAUUGACAACAAUGUGUGAAAAAAAACAAACAGACAAUACAUACAUUUUCUUCGUUUACUGCAAGUAAUUGAGGAUUUGUUUUCAUGGUCUUUAUUUUUAUAUACACUUUUAAAGAAAGGACAUACUAAGGUUAACCAAAUAGUUAGUCUAUCUGAACACAUUUCACUUAGACUCAUCUUUCCAAAACUUUCAAGAAUACUUGGAUCAAUGUAGAUGAGCAACCUAAGUUUUAUUGUUUUAGAAUUACCUUUAAAUUUGUAGAAUUUAUUCAUUAAAUUAAAACAUUUCUUUAACCAUAACAAAAUUUUCACACAAUAAUGUUUUUUAAAGGCAAGAAAAUGUAUGUGUUAUAUAAUUUUUUAAACAUUUCUCUACUGUUCAAAAGAUUUGGACCGUUUUUCUUUAAAAAUGUGUGUUUUUUCACAUAUUAAUGAACAAAACAAGUUUGGCUCUGAUGUCCCUCAUAGUAUAUCCUAUUGCUCUUGCAAGCUUGUGCAAUAUGAUAUACUGCUCAAGACAGUAUUCCUUAAUAUUAGUGCAAUUACUUGACUUUUUUUGUAGAUAAUGUUAAUAAUAUCUCUAUAGAUAUCAGGACUUUGGUGAAUGAAAAUGUUUUGGUAUACAUAAAGUUAAUGUUUCAUGAAGGUUGGUUUUUUUUUCUGUAAUUUUCAAAAUUUAGAUGACUACCACCAAAACAUCCGCAUUUACUAGAAAGUAAAACAACAUAAUAAACCUAACAACAGUUAAGCCAUAACCAGUUACGAGGAGAAUUUUGCCAGGUCUUUGGAUACAUUAAUGCUUUUCCAUUAUGUCUAAACCACCAGAGUGAUCCUCUUGAGUGUUGGUGGUCAUAGUUUAGAUCCCUGGCCGUGUCAAACAAAAGACUUGCAGAUUGCUAAUUCACUAAGUAUUCUGCAUUAAGGAAUAAGAACAAAAACAGGUUGGCUAGGAGUCAGAAAAAUGAAUUUCGGUAGGCCAACAUGUCUAUGCUUUUCAAUCAUGUUCUUUUUAAUAGACUGUUGCUUUUCUUUCAUAUCUGUAGGUAGAUAUUUCCUUUCCAUCAUCUAUUUUGAUAGGAUAUUGCUUUCCUUCAUGUCAAUGGAUAGGCUACAGCUGCCCAUCAUGUCUUCAGAUAGAUUUUUUUCUUUUCCCAUCAGGUAUUGGGAUAAACCAUUGUUAUUUUGUUAAGUCUUUUGAUAGAUUAUUGGUUCUCCAUCAUGCUGUUGGAUAGAUUGUUGCAUUUGCAGUAUGUCUUUGGAUAGAUUGCUUUUCCAUUUUACUGUUCUUUUAUCUUAGGAUCUGUGAUAUUGUUUAUGUUGUGUAUUGUGGUUUAUCUAUGCUUUAUAGUAUACAUUUUAAAAUGGUGUUAUGCUUAAUUAUUGGAUGUUAAAUAAUGUUAAAAAAGUAAAUAAUACAUAAUGAAUUGCAUGUAUGUGAAAUGUUAUUGUUGCAUAUGUAAUGUUGAAGCAAUUGAUAUAAUAUAAGUGAAAAAAAUAAUAAAUAAUUGAAACAU